AUGCCUUUGACUCCGACUUCGAGCAGUUACGAGUCACCCGUUUCCUCUCCUCCGACCGAAUGCGACAUACCACUCACCAUCUCACCCAAUUUAAAGCUCCAAGAAAUUUACACAAUUAUUGCGAGCGAGAUAGGUGUCGAUGUUCAAGAAGUUCUGGCAGUUGAGGAUCUAUCAACACUUGGUCUCGAUUCAAUGAUGGCAAUUUCCAUACUCGGAGCCCUGGAGGUUAAGACGGGAGUUCUACUCCCAUCCGACAUAUUUGAGCCUGCUGCCGGCCCAAACAUUCACGACGUUUUGAGUCAAAUGUUUGACGAUUCGCAUGACUCAUCGAGACCAGACAAUUCGAGUGCCAGUUCUUCGCAUUCCAUGAGCAGGAUAUCUUCGCUUCCCUCAUCUAACAUCCUCCAGAGAGAUGGCUCAUACGAUAAAACCCUCUUUUUGUUCCCAGAUGGCAGCGGUCUUGCGAGCGUAUAUGCAAAGCUCCCCCGGAUUUCAUCUCGAGUCCGAGUUUGCGGCCUGAACAGCCCCAUCCUGUACUCUACCAGUGAGAUUCAGUUAGACAUGGAGGUUAUAGUGAGGAUGAUGGUCCAGGUAAUUCGUGAACAACAGCCGCACGGUCCAUAUCUGCUUGGUGGAUGGUCUGCUGGCGGUCUAUACGCCGUCGAAGCAACUAGGAAACUACUGCAGUUGGGCGAACAGGUUGAUAUAUUGAUUAUUAUCGAUUCACCCUGCCCUCUACGUUAUCCUACUAUGCCUCCCACUUUCUUGGACUUGAUUGCAGGACGUCAUUCUCUGAGUGCAGAUGUGAGAAAACACUUCCUGCAAACGAUCAAUGUUGUCAAGGGAUAUUCGCCUAGUCCUCUUCCAUCUACUGGGUCGAUGCAAACUAUGCUCAUAUGGGCAAAAGAGGGUCUUGAAAAGGAACUAGAUGGUUGCUGGCAGAAUACUCAUCUCGACUACCAAAAUGCACUUGUGGAGUGGCUGGUCACAAGAAGCGGACCGCUGGAUGCAUUGGGCUGGGAUGAGCUCCUCCCGGGUACUAAGCUUCAGAUCAGACAUACGCAAGGCAACCAUUUCAACAUGAUACAAGAUCAAAAUGCUGCCUUCUUAGGCGCCGCAAUUACAGAGGCGCUCAGUCGUGCUGGAAACUCCUCUCAAAGGGAAGGAUAG